GGAGGGGGCCCCAUGUUGCAACAUUUUAGGGACCCCCUCAAGUGUGGGGCUCCGGGCGGUCCCCUAAGGAGGUAGAGCGGGGUGGGGGGCAGCCGCUGGCUGUGCCCGCCAGCCCGGGAAGGACGGCCUUGAAGUGGGUCUCUCUGCCUAGGCUUUGGGUUCUUGCAGAAAGGGAGGCCUGGCAGCUAAUGCCCCCUACCCAUCCACCCCGCUGCCCGUCAGCGUGGUACCUAAGUGCCGCUGGAUACUGCUCGCUUGACCGGUUCUGCGUGACCUUAGGCAAGGAGGAGGUGAAAACACUUUCAAAGACAGCUUGGUACCAGACUGGAGGUCUGCAACUCCACGUAGUCCAGAAGCAAAGUGGAGUUAGCGUUGUCACCGCUGACAAAGCAGUAAUACAGAAGGCACGCGAGAGCAAUACCGAGGAAUUGGGGGUUCGGUGCAGCUGGGGUUGGUCACUCUCAGCUGGUCAUCUGGCCCUAGGCAAUGCCUUGUGCCGGGCUGUUCGUUUAUAAUCAAUCUGAACUGGAAAACAGCAAGGUUCAGUAACGGGCUGAUGCAGUUUCGCUGGCCUCUGCUUAUAAAAACAAGCAGGUCCCAGAGGCAGAUCAGUCCGUAACAAGAAUUUUGUUCCUCGGGUGCAAAGAGCCCACACCCAGCAGCACAGAGCAGUUUACCUAGGCUGUGUAUUUCCAUCAAUGUCAUAACAGGCUGGAGCUAACUCUUCAUAUACUGUGAUGAUCAGAGCCCCAUAAAUCCUUCCUGUGGAUAAUGUAUAAUCCCAGACAUACGUAUGUACAGCUCGCGUGCAUCCACAUAUUGACUGAUAGCCAACUGCUACCCAAUGGAGAGAGAAAACAUUUAGAGGGAUGAGGAAUGUCAGGGCAAGUUACCAAAAUAAGCUGGAGUAUGAGUGUUGUGUACAAGAGCCAGCGAGAGGGCUUGAGUCAUCCUCUGCUCACAGCAUUUCAUUCAUCUCCUAAUGAUGCUCUGAAGACUCAGAAGGAGCUGUUAUGCAUCCUGUCGGUGCUAUUACUCCGCAGAUCUUUGAUGGGAUCCAUUGCAGCGGCUGGCAACGUGUCUGCCAGGCUGCAGCUUGGAAUAUUACUGGCUUAAAACAGACAGGGAGGCUACAAACAUUGCAAGCUAAAAAGCUAAUUGUCUUUUUUUGCUAUAAACACAUUUACGUUACCGGGCAGGUGUGUUUUCCAAGCAGACGGACUGCAAAACUGUUCUCUCAAAUACAGUCUUUUUUUUUCCCCCUUAGAGGAUCCCAAAAAGCCUGUCCAAGACAUAAAUGACUUUGUCGACUUCUAGACAUGGCUAGAAGUACUAAAACCCUCACCCUCUGAAAGCUCGGCUUUCUCUCCUCUAGGCUUCCCAGAGCAAGGCCAUCUCAUUCAAACCGAAAGCUUUCUGAGGCAGAGGCUGUUUGUGUUUGUGUGGCUUGCACAAAGCUGAGUGUCUUAAAUAAAUAAUAAUGAUCCUGGAAUGGAAAUGUGGAUACUUUGCAUCCUGAAUAUCCCCCAGAGAAUGGCUGCAGCUCCCUCAUUUUUUUCCCUUGCCUUAGUUCCCUUAUCUUUUUCACAUCCUCACUGCAGGUCUAAAGUAGUACUGGAGUAAUGAAGCCAUAAUUUCUGAUUUCUCCUGCUUGUGACAUUUUCCCUGGCUCGCCUGUCUACUUUGUGGUCCUUUGCACAUGCCUAAGGGCUGCAGUGUUGUAUCCUCAGCUGUCACUAUGGUCUGGGAUAAAAUCUUACAGCUGUCCCCUUUCGUCAGUCCUCCUUCGCCACCCGAGGUCUGCGGUCUAGCUCCAAACCCCUGCAAAGGGAUGAUUUGACUUGUUCCAGCUUAACUCCUGGGAUAUGAGCAGCAACCCCAACAUAAACACGUCUGCUCCCACAGGAGUGCACCAUGACUCCACAAUGAUAGAUUUCCUGGCCAUCCCAAGGUUUCCAACCACAGCCCAAUCCCACAGGGAACAAUGUUGGAUUCAUUUUGAGAAGCAGCUGGAGAAACCAUACCCACAAAGCUUGUACUGUGCCCCUGGCAACAAACCUAGCCACCCUUCCCACAUGCACAUCUGGGGGCUACAGGUAGAGCAAACAGGUUGUUUGCCACGGAGAGGUCAUGGGACCAAAUUUAAAGUAACUGAACUGUGCAGGGGGAAAAGUUAAUCCCCAAUUAGAGCAUUUUAUUGACUCUGCAGCCAGCUCAAACUUCUGACUCAUUAGCCCUCCAAAAAGUGAUUGUACUUUUCACAUCUUUCCCUUCCUCAAGCGUCAGCUGAAACAGUUUUAAAAAUAUCUUUGCAUGCAGUUUGGGGGCAUGGUCCGAGUAAUUAUCAAGAGAGCGAUGAGACUAAAUCGGCUUGCAAGGAAGUCUAUCACAUUGUGUGGGCUGAGGAAGCAAACAAAGAUGAAAACACCCUUUCUCUGGCAAUCUAGAGAGACCAGCGUGCCCAUGCAGUAGCGACUGCCUUUGCUGGCUUUGUUUCAUAACCCUGAUCUGGGUCCCAUAAUAGAAGAAUGCUGCCAGGUCCUGUGAUUAGUGCAUUGCUGUGUAAGACCUGCAUGCUGCAAAGGUGCAUCUGUUUUAUUCAGGCUUUUCCGUAAGAGCCAGCUUGGCUUCCCUUCCACAAUCCAGCCUGUUGUUAAUGCUGGGGGACUGCUGACCUGCUUGCUUAACAUGAACAGAGCAGAUCCCACAAUACUUGCUCCCCUUUGCAGAGGGGUGGUCAGUUAGUGCUGUUUCCCUCCCUGUCAAGUCCCAUGGAGAUUUAGCUGCUCCCAGUCAUUGUCCGUAUUUACCAGAGAGAGACUGUGGGUCCUCCUGCCAACAAUACGCACAAUAUCCAGCUGUGUAACUCAUUUUCUGCACAUGCAGCUAAGACCAAUGCGGGGAUGUCAGUGCAGAGAGGAGAUCAGCGUCUGGAUAAAAGGCGGCUGGCUCCAACUCGGUGCAAGCAAGGCCAAAAUGACAUUGGCCAGGAGGGGAAAAUAUUUCAAAGCACCAGCUGGGACAUUGGGCUCUCUCCUAUCAUAGGCAGCAUUACAAUGGUACAAAGACAUCAGUCCUGCUGGACUCAUUGCUGGCUCUGGAUAUCCAGGUAUUGACAGUGUCCAGGAACUUCACCUUCUACUUACAACUUGCUAGGAGCUAUAGUCCCUGCAUCUCAGAGGAGGAUUUGCCCACAGUGAUCCACAUUUACUACCCUGCCUUCAUUACUGUAACUCCCCCUAUCUGAGCCUGAAAGUGGAAACAAUGCAUAGGCUCCAGUUUGUGCAGAACACAGCAGCCUGACCCUUCAAUGAGUCAGACCACUGCAAGCUCAUCAGCUGGGCACCAAUCUUUUCUGCUGACAUGGACCUGAUUUCCAAGGCUGCCAGUGGAUCAGGAUUGAGCUACGUCGCUGGUCAGUUCUUCACCCAUGACAUGGAGCAGGGAUGUGCCCCUGCAGCAUUCCUUCCUGCAGCCCCUCAACAAAGGGGACAACCCCAGAGGAAGUGAGCGAUUUGCACAAGAUGACCAAGAGAUGGGCAGAAUAAACACUGGACCUGAGACUCCAGCUAGCUCCCUAACCACCGGAUCAUAUUUCCUUUCAUAUCAUAGAACCAAUGCCCAAAAUUCAGCUCAGACCUUGCUGCCAAUCACUAAGCCUGUGGCCCCACAGGUCAAGAUGGAGGGGAAAUAUUUGCUGAGUAAGAAUUUCUAUUACAUGCCCAGACCCAAAGAGGUUUCAUUUCUGGCUUGUACUUUGAGCCUUAAACAGAAAGCAUUGCUCUCCACCCUGGCCCCGCAGCUGAUCUGAAAUGUUACGUCAGGAGUACAAGAAAGAAAUGUUUGUUGCAGGAGUUUGGAAGUUCCUAUUAUUUCCUCCCUUAGAUAAGGACUCCGUGUCUAGGUAAAGCUGGGCCAGUGAAUGGACAAAAACAGAAUAGCCACCACAGACACGGGAAGAGUGGGGCAGGAUUUAAACAACAGCUUGAUGUCCACAGUCAGGUGAGUUUGGGGGUGGCAAAAAGAGCAGUCCCAACAGCUCUGGAAACUGAAGGAGGCAGGUUUGCGAAGGUAUACACGUAUCAUAAGAUACGGACAGGGCAUAUCUACACAUGCAUUUAUGCCAGUUAAAUUUACUGCACGGUAAGUUACUGCGCAGUAAGCGGGAAUAGGCCGGCGUCUACAUGUGCACGCAUUAAAGCGCAUUAACACUGCAUGUGGACUGACUUGGGACUAAAGUUAGUCCCAAGUCAGUCCACACACACAGUGUUACUGCACAGUAAGGCAUCUACAUGUGUGUUACUGCACAGUAACUAACUGGGCAUAAAUUUGAUACCUGCAUGAUGUAGGUAUAAAAUUUACAUUUAAACUGGCAUAAAUUGCCACACUUACUGCACAGUACAGGCAUGCACAUACAGAUGUGUGCCUGCCCUGUGCAGUCGGUUUGGUUACUACGCAGUAAAUGCACAUGUGUAGACGCACCCACAGAUGCCUAUUUGGAUUUUCAAAAGUGCCUUGAUGCCUUCAAAAGCUCCAGCUUGGCCUAAAAUGCUCUGUUCAUUUUCAAAAUCCCUUGGGCCAGAUCCCCAAAGAUGCCUAGCUCCCAUCCUUUAGAGAUCAGAGCAUCUCUCUGCUUCAGAUGCCCAAGCAUGGAACAAACCCUACAGGAUUAGAGAGAGUGCAGGCUUCUCCACUGCUGCUCCAUCAAUGUACUUUUAGUUCUUUGGGUCUCAUAUAAUCUUGCCCUCGGCCUCUCUGCCUCAGGGGCAUCGAGUGGCAUUGGAAUGGCUUUUUUUCUCUAAAACAUUCCCAGAUGAAUGCAAUAGGAAGCAAACUGGGAUUUGGUGGUGGAGUGCAUGUCCUUGAUUUUUCGAUCUAGCUGAGCUGUACUUGGUCAGAACUAGGUGCAAAAGUCACUGAAUGUCACCUUUGUGCAUCUCCUCUGAUGCAUGGGCCGGUUUUCUUAAGUAAGAACAGGUUCAAGGCAGCUCUAACAUAGGCUAGUUUAUAAGGAUGCCAAAACGCUGUUAGAUCAUCUAGGGAUUACCAGAUAUCAGCCGUACUGUGGCCACUGCCAUCUCUCCCAUUCCAUGUUUCCAAAUAGGGGAAAUCCAGAGGCCCAAUUCAAGCAGCACAAAGGAGCUAUAGCAGGGCCCAGGAUCUAGUUUCACUGUCCCUUUCCCACACCCAUCUAAAAGUUCCCCUUAAACAAUCUGCUUGCAGCAGCCCCACCCUAAAAUUAAAUCUGUGCAGAUGCUAAACUCUUCUCUGUAGAUUUUCUUCUUCAUGAAGGCAGCAGAAAGAAGAUCCUUCUUGGUUCAGAUAUCUCUCCUCUCUGCCAGGCUCAGCCUCAUUACUCAUUAACACCUUCUUUGUUAACCUGCAGCAGCCUGCAGUGCAAGGUCCUUGUUCAGAGCAGAAAGCACACAGUUGUUCUCGCACCCUGACCCAGCCAGUCACACCUAACUAAUCUGCCCGGUGACAACUCCUCUGUUUUUCAUCUCCUGGGCCACAGCAAACACCUUUCAGCUGUGACUUAUGAGCCACUGAUCAAGGCAGUCUCAGACAGCUGGAAAGAAUCCACUGCACAACUCCUGUUAAUUUUUACCUGUAUUGCUCUCUACACCCAGCUGCACACCGAAGAAGCAGUUUGAUCUGUGUCCUGUCCAGACAAGCCCUGGCUCCGGGAUCCCUCCCGGCUGCGUGUAUUGACUGGAACAAUAAUGAUAUGGUGACUUCCAGUGCCUUCCAGAGAGGUGUUUUUGACACUAAGGUGCCUUUGAGAACAAGCCAUUUGCCCAAAAUAACCCAACAGUGAAGGAGCAGCCCAGUCUGUGUCUCUGCUAACUCACUAAACUAAGGAGACAGAAAAACCCAGCUACAAGCCCUUUACACAUGCGGUGUAGCACAACAGCAGCUAUAGUGUCUAAGCCCAGGCUAUCUAUGAAUCACUGGAGGGCAAUUUGUCUGAUCAGAGUGAGGGACAGCUCCCUGGAUGGUCUUCAGACUUCUGCCCCAUUUGUUUCAUGGAGACAACAGUAACUCGCAGCACUGCGAGGGUUAAAUAAGUACUAUCCGUGAACUGCUCUAAACUCCGUAAACAACAGGAACGUAGAGGAUGGAAAUGCCAGGCCAAAAAUCCCAUGUUUCCGCAGUCAGAGAUUAUGAGGAUGACUGAUGUUGGACAUUGCGGUAGCAUCUAGGGCCUCCGGCAUGGAUUCGAACCUCAUUGUGCUGGGCACUGUACCGAGGCAGUACAAAGAGAGGGUCGCUGCCCCGAAGUGUCUACAGUCUAAGGACCUGAUGGCUGACUCAGAGCCCCCUUUGGAGUCACCAUCGGAUGAUGCAAGUGCAGUCCUGGACCCAGAGGAAGAUGUUACAGAAACCCCUUUAUAUUUGGAAGUGGAAGCUGACCCCUUGGAGUUGCCUGUGGAUGUUGCAAGCAGCCUCUUGGAGCCAGAUGCUGCUGAGUCCCAGAGCUUGACCAUUGAGGAGGUGGGGGAGCGUUUCCAGGAGUGCAUUGAUGCAGUGGAGCAGCUGGAGAAGGAGAGGGAUAAUCUUAUCCAGGAGCUCACACUGCUCCGGGAGCCUGUCCUGCAAGAAAUCAGACAAGCCCACGAGGAGAUAUUGACGGCUUACAAACUACUUGCCAAAGUGGAGCUGGAGCGGGACAACCUCAGGGACGAGAUCCGACAGAUCAAGCAGAAGCUGUUCAAAGUGACCAGGGAGUGCGUGGCUUGCCAGUACCAGCUGGAAAACAGACGGCACGACAUGGCCCAGUAUGCUGCCUACAGGGAUGAACUGGAAUCCAGGGUCAGCCAGCUCUCGGAGGAGCUGUCCCAGCUGAAAGAGACUUGUGAAAAGCAGAAGGAACAGUUCAGGCAGCAGCUGGAGGCACCCCAGAGCCGCAGGGACAGCCACUAUCUGCAGGAGAGCCGGAGGCUUUCCAUGGAGUUUGAAAAUUUUGUGGCGGGGAGCCGCAGGGGCCUGGAGGAACACUACGAGCCGCAGCUUGCGCGCCUGGUGGAAAGGAGGGAGGCCAGUGCCAAGGCUCUGCAAAAAAUGCAGGGAGAAAUUCAGGGGCUGAAGGAGGUGCUGCGACCGCUGCAGGGAGAGGCCAGCAAGAUGCGCCUGCAGAAUAGGAAGCUGGAGGAACAGAUUCUGCUCAUCAAGCAGAAACGGGAUGAAGAAGUUCUCCAGUACAGGGAACAGGUAGAAGAGCUGGAAGAGAGGCUGAGGGAACUGAAGAACGGGGUCCAACUUCAGCAACACAAAAACCAGGAAUUGGAAGAGCUGAGGACAAGCCUGCACCAGGAGCUCUCCGUUUACAAGGGCUGCUUAGAAAUCUAUGGACAGUUUUGCAAGUCAGAAGAAAAAGCAGACCAAGACUUCUAGAGGUGUGGAUUUUCCCCCACUUCUUUCUGCUGAAAAGAAAUGUGACAGCAAGAUAACUGUAGGGGAUACUUCCAAUUCACCCUUGCUGCUCACACUAACCCUAACGAUGUAUAGCGGCUGCUGUCAGGAUUACUAGACAAUCAUUUGCUUGGUUAUAUUUCUUGAGGUGCUGCUCUGUUGCUCUUCUAGUUUGGUAGAAAAUAGUGAAGGAGAGAGGUAUUUUACUUGCACUGAAUAAUGAACAUAUGUAAAAGAGCAAAAAGAUGUAUGUUUUGCUCUGUGUUUGGAAAGCUAAUCUUGUCUUGUUCCAUAAGUGGAUUGUAUAAGCCUGCAUAGAAAGUAUCCUGGAAGCCUACGGUAUGAUUUUUUUUGUUUGUGCAAAACACUGUCCUUUUAAACAGGAUUGUUUCUUUUGUAAUUCAAA